AAAUAAAAUAAAAAUUCGAGACUAGCUUUACAAUCACCAAUACAAUUCAUUGGCCUUUUUGUAAGAUUUGAUUGAUUUCAACAAAAAAAAAAAUUCGAAAUUUAUAACUGCGAGUAAUCGACACUGGUUGGCGCCACUGUUGCGAUUGUUAUUGUUUAAAAUAAUAAUUCACAAACAUUCGGCAUGAAUUUCGAAUUUUGAUUUGGAAAACAAAAAAAAUUAGAAAUCAGUAUUGUAUCAACGAAAACAAAAAAAAACAAAUGGCCACUUUAGUAUUACUACAAAAAGAUCUACGUGAAUUUGAUAAUCCAGCAUUAUAUAAUGCAUCACGACGACAAAAACCGAUAAUCAUUGUCCACGUUAUGGAAAAACGUUUAGGUUCAGCAUCAAAAUGGUGGCUAUGUGAAAGUUUACGAUUAUUUCGUCAACAGCUUAAUGAAUCGGCGAUAACAUUACUUCAUCUAUCGGAUUCAGCCAACAUUCAAACAAUGUUUGAAUAUCUGAAUGAUCGUAUUGAAAUUGAAACAAUCUAUUCGAAUGGAUUGGAUUUUGAAUUACCAGAUGAUAUGGCUAAUAUUCAUGAAUCAUUUAUGGCUAAUUUGAUAUUCGAACCACAAGAUAUGACAAAAGAAUUUAAAAUAUUUACACCAUUUUGGAAAUUUAUUCGUGCCAAUUGUUCGCCCGUAAAACCAUUAUCGAAUCCUGAAUGGAAUAGAAAAAAUCAUCAUGUUGAUAUUGAAUUUGAUGAAUAUAAUGAAUUACCAAUGAUGACCGGUGAUACUAAUUGGUGGAAUAAAAUGACACCAUAUUGGAAAAUUGGUGAAAAAGCAGCACAGCAACGAUUUAAAUUGUUUGUGAAAACAAAAUUGUCUGAUUAUGAUUAUAAAAGAGAUUUUUUCUGCGAAGAUGGUACAUCAAAAUUAUCACCACAUUUACGUUUUGGUGAAAUUAGUGUCAGACAAAUGUAUGAUCAAUUGAAUACUAAAAAAUCAAAUGAACGUUACUGUGCAGAACUUGGAUGGCGUGAAUUUGCUUAUCAUGUUUAUAGAAAUCAUCCGGAUUUAACGAAAAUACCACUAAAUCCAAAAUAUCGUAAUUUUUGGCCCGAAUUUAAUGAUGAUCAUUUAAAAGCAUGGAAAACUGGUAAUACUGGCUAUCCGGUUAUUGAUGCUGCUAUGCGUAAUCUUUGGGCCACCGGUUGGAUGCAUAAUCGUCUUCGUAUGUUGGUUGCAUCAUUUUUGGUUAAAAAUCUUUUAAUACCAUGGCAACAUGGUGAAGAAUGGUUCUAUGAUUGUCUUGUUGAUGCUGAUCCAGCUGUUAAUCCAUUCAGUUGGCAAUGGGUUGCCGGCUGUGGUACGGAUAGUGUACCAUAUUUUCGUAUAUUUAAUCCAAUGUUACAGGGUGAAAAAUUUGAUCCACAAGGUAUCUAUGUACGUGAAUGGUUACCAGAACUUGUUGAUUUUCCAACCAAACGAAACAUCCACCAAGAUAUGUUUAAACAACCAAAUCUUCGCCCAAAUAAUUAUCCAGCACCUAUAAUUGAUUUUAAAUCUAGUCGUGAACGUACAUUAUCCACAUUUAAAGCUAUUGUUGCAUCCAAAGUGAUUAAUUUGAAAAAACCACGUUUAGCAUAA